AUGGCGGAGGGCGCCGGACCGAAGAUUGGCGACGCGCGGUCGCUGUGGAACUUCACGCCGAGCCCGGGAUGGACGAAGGAUGAGGCGUACGCGCUGCGACAGUGCCUGAAGAAGUUUGGGAUCGGGAAGUGGGUGCAGAUCGUCGACAGCGGCGUGCUGCCGGGGAAGCAGAUUCAACAGCUGAACGGACAGACGCAACGGUUGCUCGGGAUACAGUCGCUGGCGGCGUAUUCGGGGAUGAAAUUGGACGUCGAUCGGAUCAGAAUGGAUAACGACGCGCUGACGGACGUGACGCGGAAGAAUGGGUUGAUCACGAAUCAAGGGGGGAUUCGAGCGAAGGAGGCGCUCAAGGAGCUGCGAGAGGAAAAUUUGAAAAAAUACGGGCUGUCGGAGGAAGAGGUGGAGGCGAUUGAACUCCCCGCGCCGCCGCGCGCGGCCGCGCUCGGGGCGCAGAGAUACAUGGGGAAGAAUGAUAUCGUGCCGGCCGAGGCGAAGACGAUCGUGAAGGCGGACGCGACGACGUUGUCGCCGGAAGGGUUGAACAAGUCGCAGAAGAUUGCCAUGCUCAAGGCGCUUCGCAGUCGCGUCGAGAAUUUGCGCGUGCAACUGAACGAAGCAGCCACGACCGCCGCCACCACCGCAGAGAAUAAGGCGAAAAAGACCCCGGCCCCGGCCGCGAAACGCGCGACGAAGACGCCGGUGAAGCGAGGGAACAAGAAAUCCAAAACCGACGACAGCGACGACGACGCGGCGUACGAAACCAUCGCCGUCGUCGAGAGCGAUGGUCCGGUGGAGAUGCUGAUGAACAUGGGAUUUGCACGAAAGAAUUGCCUCGAUGCGCUCGACACGUGCGGCGGCGAUGUUCAGGAGUGCGUCGAAUGGCUCAUGACGAACUGCGCGUAA